GGUCGUCUGAUACCUACUAAGUCUGUGGUAGUAGGCAAACUUUAAAUAAAGUGAUAUUUUUAUAUUUAUUGUUCUUUGAAUAAGAAUAAAUAAUACCGGUUUGAUUGCUAUAUUAUUUGUAUAAAAAUGGGAGUCGAUUUUCUUAGUUUCGCAUAUGCUGCUACGGUAGCCGCCGGUGGUAUUAUGGGUUAUGCAAAAGCAGGAUCCAUACCGUCGCUAGGGGCUGGCAUCAUUUUUGGAUCAAUUCUUGGAGUUGGGGCAUACCAGCUGAGCCAGGAUCCCUCCAAUUAUGGAUUGAUGUUGGGCACUACCACUACACUAGGGGGGCUAAUGGGUUACAGAUAUUACAACAGCAGAAAGUUCAUGCCGGCCGGCCUAGUGUUCUGUCUAUCAGUAGGUAUGUUGGCUAAGCUGGUGUUGAAAAAUGUCGGAUCCAACACUUCAGCGCUACCUGUGAAAACUGGUUAAUUGUUUUCAUUUAUUUUUACCUCGACUAGUUAUUUGUGUGUGGUUUACUUGUAAAAAUAUUGAAAAAUUACUUUAGAAAAAAUAAUUGGAUGGUGGCAGAGGUGGAUGUAAUGCGUUAAUUUGAAAUUCUCUGUAAUAAACUGUGCCUGAAAAUGCAUAAUAAUACUAUUACUUAAUUUGACAAAGCAGCAUAAAUUUAACUUAAAAGUAUUUAAGGUUAGUUAAAUGAAUAUAUAAUUUUGUACUUAAUUUUUUGCUUAUAUCUAAUAAGUGUCUCAUUGAAUUACCAUAUGUAUUUAGAAUUGGUAAAUAAAUCCAAUUAAAACGAUGCGUGUAAAGUCUCAACGUUGUCUGCGAAUUUCGAGGGCAGUAAACCGCAUGCAAUAAUUAUUUUUAUAUAAAAAAGUAGAUUUUUGUAUAUUUUGUAGAUAGAAUAGGUAUGUUUGUGGGAUAAUUUACUUUUUCUGUAAUACCUACCAUCCGAUUUUUAAACAUAUAAUUUACUAAAGAAAAUACAGUUCCCAGGGUAACACAAUGUUCUUGCACAAAAUAGGUAAAUAAGUAAGUGAUUUAAAAUAUUUGUGGAUGACCAAGACUGAGUAUUUCAUUAUUUCAAAGUUAACCGUCAAGAUUAGCAUCUGGUGGUCAUCCACUAAAACACUGUCACAAUAGAGGGCGUUUUGUUAAGAACGAAAUUCUAGUAAAUAUCCGAACGUAACGUGUUUGUGCAUAUUUGCCGCUUGUAUUUAGUCAGGCGUUUCUAAAAUUGAAAAUAAUUCUUGGUAGUUGAAUAUUAAAUUCGUAAAAUUUUUCAAAUAAUUAUGCCUGACAAAAAGAAUUACUUUUUAUACUUUUGCGUAUACAAUAUUUAUGUCAACAUUAAUAAUAAUAUUGCUUUUAGGGAGAAAUGAAGAGGCAUGACAUUUUUUUUAUAAGAUUAAUUAAUAAAAUCGGUGUUCGGU